AUGAACGGGACAACAGAAUGUUUACCUGUUCUUCUGGUUGGUGCUGGUGGCAUUGGAUGUGAACUACUAAAGAAUUUAGUGUAUAAUGGUUUUGAUAACAUAACAAUCGUCGAUCUCGAUACCAUCGAUAUCAGCAACCUUAAUAGACAGUUUCUUUUCCAUAAAAAGCACGUUGGACGAUCCAAAGCAGAGACAGCCAGAGAAAAUGUCUUGGCCUUUAAACCAACUGCCAACAUUGUCGCCUACCACAAAAGUAUUUUUAGCUCUACAUUUAAUUCUACGUUUUUUGAAAAGUUCGCUGUUGUUUUCAAUGCACUAGACAAUCUUGCUGCACGAAAACAUGUUAAUCGUAUGUGUGUAUCAGCAAAGAUUCCUCUAAUCGAAUCUGGUACUGCUGGUUACUUGGGACAAGUUGAACCACUGCUUCCUGUCAUUCGAACAGAUGAAUCAACACAUUCGGAUGGAAAACUGAAUGACAAUAUGUCAGCCUAUCGUACUGGAUGUUAUGAAUGUCAACCGCGUGGUUUAGGCCAACGUCAUUAUCCUGCUUGUACUAUACGUAAUACACCUUCUGAACCAAUCCAUUGUGUUGUGUGGGCAAAAUAUUUAUUCAAGUAA